UCUGUGACAGAACUGCAAAAGAGCUUGUUGCUUGUGCAACACGAUAGCCUUACUGUAAAGUAGUUAGUGGUGAGAAAAAGUAAUUUCUGCCUUUACCGAGUUUCUGUUUUUAUUUUCCGACUAGAAUGUUUGCAACUUGAUAUUCAAUAUUGUUUUACCUUUCCUGGGAGUAGUUCCGCGUGGUCCGAUGAACGUCUCUUGACUGCGUGUCCGACAGAUCGUCGACAGAAAGUGCCUUCGACAUUCUUACUUGAGCUGCCUGCCUGCACGUCUCCUCCACCGAGCUGGCAACAUUCCCUCCCUCGCUGUGACAGAAGAUAGCUCAACCUCAGCCCCUGCCCUACCAACUCAUCUUUUUCAGGCUCCGUCGCUGCACUAGAGAAACCCAAGCAGAAAGAUUUAACUGCAGAGGUUGGGGGAACUGUCUGGCCACUCUGCCAAAACACAGAGUGCUGACUGACUCAUUCGGGCAAGUUUAGUCAAUACCCAGCCCAACAUCUACACCCACUUAAUAUUCUCGCCCAAGCAGUGCCAUCGCCCUCGAAAUAGCACCAGUUUCAAUUCUCUUCCCCCGCCACCCCUUCCUUCCCACUACCACCACGUUCAGACGGUCCGUCAGUCCAGCCUGCCUCUGAGCAUGCCCCCGUUGCCCUGUCAGUGGCCUGCACCUGGGACUAACUGAUUGACGAGCAACGUCUUUUGAUUGACAGCUUCUCUGAUAGCCGCCAUCUCCCAAGCAGCGACCACAUCCGGGUUGCAAAUCCACCAACUCUGCUGCUCUGAAGUCCGCAAGGGCAAACGACUUUCACUGAUCCCCACACUUUUUUUUGCUACACUUUUAGUUGUUUUUCUAGCACACUGAAGAGCCAUUAGAGUAUAGCCUCUCCUUAAACAAGUGGCUAGCUUUACCCCACCCCGGCAUUGCUAUGGCUUUAAAUAUUGCUUCGAUGCGAGACACAAAAUGGCUGACGCUGGAGGUGUGCCGGCAGUUCCAGAGGGGGACAUGUUCACGGAGUGAUGAGGAAUGCAAAUUUGCGCACCCACCCAAAAGCUGCCAGGUGGAGAACGGAAGGGUGAUUGCCUGCUUUGACUCACUAAAGGGCCGAUGCACGCGAGAGAACUGCAAAUACCUCCACCCCCCGGCCCACCUCAAGACUCAGCUGGAGAUCAACGGCCGCAACAACCUCAUACAACAGAAGACGGCAGCAGCCAUGUUGGCUCAACAGAUGCCUUUCAUGUUCCCUGGCACGACCAUGCAGCCUACCAUGCAGUCGUUUCCUAUUAGCCAGGGCCUGGGCUCCAGCCCGGGUCUGAGCUAUGCACCCUACCUGACCCACAUGACCCACAGCAUGGGCAUGAUGCCCACCGAGAUGCUCCAGCCCAGCACCCAGAGUAUCAUCGUUCCCGGCAGCCCUCCCUGCUCCAUGCAGAGCUCCUCCUCCAACCAGAAGCUGCUACGCACGGACAAGCUGGAGGUGUGCCGGGAGUUCCAGCGGGGCAACUGCGCGCGUGGCGAGACGGACUGCCGCUUCGCUCACCCCAGCGACAGCCCUAUGAUUGACACCAGCGACAACACGGUGACCGUGUGCAUGGACUACAUCAAGUCCCGCUGCUCCCGGGAGAAGUGCAAGUACUUCCACCCGCCGGCCCACCUGCAGGCCAAGAUCAAGGCUGCGCAGCACCAGGCCAACCAGACAGCCGUGGCCGCACAAGCCGCCGCCAUGGCUUUCCCCCACGGCUGCCUGCAGCCCCUACCAAAGAGACCAGCACUUGAGAAGAGCAACGGGGCCAGCUCGCUCUUUCACCCCAGUAUGUUGCACUACCAGCAGGCCUUGGCCAACGCACAGCUGCAGCAGCAGACGGCUUUCUGUGGCUUUCCCACAGAUUAUCCUGAAGUAACUGUCAGGAUGGAAAUGGAGUGUCAAGAAGCUGCCCUACAAAGCCCAAAACAGCCCUUCUUCUGUACAUACUACCUUCCCCUUCCACUACAGCAACCUGCAUGCUAAGAGUGUAAUACUACCAAUUAACCAUAAGACUUGAGUGCUGGUGUAAGAAGAUACACACAACAAAAAUAUGUAUAUGUAUUGCUAGGAAACUAUUGCCAUGAAAAUUAUGACAAAAAAAUUAUAUGUACUGAACUACAUACACUUAGUGGAGAGAUGGUGAUGAGUUCAUUUUAACUAUUGUUUUCUCUGUUAAAGUAAUAUGGGUCUUUUAUAUUUUGUUUUCAAAACGGAACCUCGAUCUGCACAAAUGUUCACCCUUUGAAAACACCUUAUUUGCACUAUAAGAGAACUAGUGCUUAUUGUCAAAAGUGCUUAAUUGUUUUAAACAGGAGAGUCACAGAGAAGCCCCUGGUUGCAACUGGCGCUCCAGACCAAGCUAGAAGGGAUUGUUUUACUUUUUGUUUGUUUUAAUUAUUUUUAAAAAGACAAAUGUUAGGGCAGACUAUAUGCUUAUGUUUACUCAAUGACUGUCCUCUUAAUGAUGAUUUGAACGUGCUCCCCCACCCCCCAUCACCCCUUUAAAACGGUGUGGUAUGCGCUCCAUAUGAACCACUUGCCAACAUUUAAUCUCUGGAAAACCAACGGCUUGCCAAACGAAUGUCAUCGCGACUGACAGAUUGACGGACAGAAGCGAUCUGCAAGGAAACAGACGUGGAACAGCUUCGUGGCCAAAACGUGCAGUCGGGCCUCGUUUUUGUGCACGUCUGGGGGAUAAAAUAACCUAGAAUUUCAAUUUCUUCUCCUUUGUUAAAUUUUCAGUUUUACUUUUGGAUGGGUGCUGACAUUGGCUUGUGGGUGUAUUUGUGUAUGUGGUUGGUUGGGUGGGAGCCUCAGAUGGGUCGGUGUUGGGGAGAGUUAUACUGGCAUCAGGGAGUGCUACUAGCCUAUAUGGCUCCGGUUUGUGUGCCAAGGGCUUAACGAAAGCUUGCGGGUGGCUGAAAGCAUGUGGCGGGAGGGAGCCUCAGCCUGAUGGGCCAAGCCAUGGACAUCUGCCAGCAGACUGGAACAGACAGACUAAGUCCACCAGCGGCCCCAAAGUCAAGACCACAGGGACAAGGCCUUUGGGGGAGUUAGGGGUGGGGCUAGAAGGAGGGAUAAGGGUGAGAUCGGCUAGGGGUGAAACAAGUGCUACGACUCAAAAAAAAAGGUGCAUUCGAAGAUGCUAGUCAUCGUCGUGAGAUGACUUGAAGUUUUUGACUGGAGGGCUAUCUGUGACUGUCAGUCGUCACCCUGCUAUCACCGAGAAUCCUGUUUCUAUUUGAGAAAAACUGUAGAAGUGCCUAAAAAUCCUUUAACUUUAAAACAACAAGCAUCUGGAGAAACAUACUUUGUCAAAGAAAAAACAAGAAUAUACAAAAGGAUGGUUCAAGCAAAGUUCCCAAAAGUAUGUUGACCUAUUUAGAGAAAAGACUAUUCACUUUUCAUGCAGAUGCCAUGGUUAAAGCAGUACCCUAGUGUUAUUGUAAACAAAUAUUUAACACGACAAAAAGUAACUUUCUGAAAAGAAAAUAUAUAAACUAACCAAGAUAGCUUGGUAGAAUGUUUGAUAAAUAUUUCAUGAUGUAAUAUUUUGUUCUUACCAUAGGUUUUUAGUAGUUUACAUUGGAAAAAGUGAUUGAGAAUACAGGAAAUUGUGACGUGUGUGUGAUGUAUGUAACGUGUCUCAUACUUUGAGAGUUUAUAUUCAUGGUUGUAGCAGCAAUGUAUUCACGUUUAUUUCAAUUUGUUUUAUGAUGUUAAGCAUCAUGGUAUGUGUGUCACCAGAACAAUCUGUUAUUGUAUGCCAUGAUAUAGUUAAUAGUGUACUAGCAUUGUUUAAACCAACCUCCACGUUAUUACCUAAUAUGUUUUAUGAGACGUAUGUAUUUUGACUCAAUCACAUUUCUUGAUACUACACAACCAAUUAUUUACCUUGUGUAUGUGUGUUCAACAAAAAAGAUCAGAAUCAUGACAUUUUCAUGGCGCUUGAUCGACACAGACAAUCCACAACGAGACACCUUCGGUUAAAAAAUAAUAUGGCACUGGUCUUAGAAUUAUUCUUUCUUUCUUUUUGUUCACUUUCACUGAGAUUUUCUUCUAAAAAGUUACAGUUUUAAUGUAAUUUUUGGUGUGGAAGGUGAUCGAAGAUAUUCUUUGGGUAAUUUAUCGUAUUUUAUUGUUUUGUCAAAUGAGUCAGAAUGAUGUAACCUAUUCUAUUUUGAAAUGAAUGUAAUUUAUUGAGCUGUGCGUCCCUACAAGGUCUGGUCUCUAGUCAGCCAAUGAGAUGCAGAUCAGGAGCAAGGGGGUGGAGUCUUAAAGCCACCAAUAGAAUGCUACUGGAUCUCCCUUGCCUUGUCAUCAACACAGUUCAUCACAUUACAGUAAUGAGCAAGGCUUUAGAAUUGCUUAUAUUGUUCAACAAAAAAAGAGAAAAGAAAAUAAGAAUGUUAAUUGUAUAGGUGACAUUUUACCCAAAAAAUAAUUUUAAAAAUAUGUACUUUUCACUCUAGUAUUUCAUAACAAUAUUAAGUUGUUGCUGUGGCAACAUAAAGUUGCAAUUACUAAAGUUCUGUAUUUUUGUAAAUUAUCUAAUCGUUAAGUUUACUUUUUUUUCUAGAACACUGCACACAUCACUAGAUUGUAAAGCAGAUUUCAACAUUUCUUAUUUGUCGUGAUUAUGACAAUUUUCCUUAGCAGCCUCUGUAAAGGUGUAACUUUAACACUUAACAUGUAAUAGACAAAGUUACCAAUGAUAUUUAGGAUGAAAUUAUAACAAAUGAUCUAUUAAUUGAAUAGUUUUGAUGUACAACUUUUCCCCUGAGAAAGGACCACUGGUUUCAUGCACACCAAUGGAAAAAUAUUUAUGAAUGUAGUUUGUUAAAUUGUUUAUCAUCAGUUAAGGAUUGCACUUCUUCCGGUAAAAUAAAACAUUUCAUUAUUACCGAUGAAAAUGUCAUUAGGUAUGGCAAAGUUACUAUACACCAGUAAUACAGUAAUUCUGUAUAAUAGUCACUACCAGUUCGUAUCACAGAAAUAACCUUUGAACAUCUUGCAUGAAAAAAAUAAGUUUUUAUUAAUAAACGAUAACCUACUGAAUGUUUCUAGUUAUACCGAAAAACACAAAAAAUAGUCUGCACAUGAGACACAAUUCCAAGUUGUCCUCAAAUGGGGUCAUGGUUGUGCCCAAGAGAAUGGAAUUGUGCUGAGAAAUGUAAUUUAUUUAAAUGAAAUGUGUUGACAUUGACUGACUGAUGAUGAGAGAAAAAGAUAUAAGCACUUGGGUCAGCUGAGCAGACACGGCUUAUCCAAACACUUUGCCUUGUCGUUAGUCCAUCGUGCUUAAGGUUUUAUGUUCCAGAGCUGUUAAAAAUAAACUUUUAAAGGCUGUAAACUGGUCUCUGCUGAACAGACUUUUUUGUUUAUAUAUAUAUAUAUAUAUAUAUAUAUAAUGCUAAAAUGUAAACUUAAAACUAUUUUUAUUUAUAUACAUAAAUUAAAUUGUUUGAAGUUUUAACUUUUUUGCAUUUUUAAAAGGUGAGGCCAAAAGGAUUGACUGCUGUACAGAAAGCAGUCUUGUGUUCUAAGCCCCGUUCGAAUACUUUAAUAACACACCCUUCCUUACUUUCUGAUCUAACACUAUUUGGUAGGUGUAAGCAACAGUUCUAUCACAUAGCUUUCCCCAAUCCAGCCAUGUCAGAUUAGGUAUUUCUUCAAGGAAGUGGGAAGGAACGAUGCAUUUGUUAAAGUAUUGUAACAGGGCCAUAUUAUGUCCUUGUAGAGAGCUUGACGAUGAGGGCUGUGGCCAACAUGCGAUGCUGAAUGGUCCCUAAAAGGACUGCCGCCAGGGUCGUAUUCACUAGGAAGCAAACGUGCCGAAACGGAAGGGACUAACUGAACUUGUCCAAUAAGAAACGCUUGUUUUCGUUGAACAUUGCAAAACGUUUCGCUACAGUGUGCACUAUUGAAUAUUACCCAGGUAAUGAAUUGAGACUGCUUUGCCAUCAGAAAUGCAGUAUCCCAUCUACUUUGCAAAAAAAUAUAUAUAAAGAGUAAAAGACAAGACCCUCAUUGGAUUUUUAGUUUUGAUGUAACCAUUUUUCUGUUUUCUUUGUGCGUAUAGUUUGUGCUAUUUUAUGUUACUAUAGUCAAAUGUUUUGGUUCCAGCAAGAUAGUGUAAAAUCUAUUGAAAUAAAGAAAAAAUUGAAAGGA